CUUUCUUUUCCUCUUUUUGGCCCUGUAGUGCCAACCCGCACACACAGACACUUUUGUGUGUCAGUUUCAUCCAUUUGGCUGCAGAGAGAACACACAAUGUUAACUGUUGCUGUGUUCUUGCUUUGCACAGCCUCCUGUGUCGCAACGCCAAAUGCCACUGGUGGUGCUGUAGGACCCCAGCUGAAUAACAACCAGCUGUACAAAUUCAGCUACACCACCGAGGUGCUGUUGAACAGGGCCAAGGGGUCAAAAGUGGGCGGCGCCGGUUACAAGAUCUCCAGUGAUGUGGAUGUCAAUCUGGUGUGGAGAGAUCCAAGCAACAAGGAUGAGCAAUUGAUCCAGCUGAAGAUCUCCAACGUGCGAGCGGACCCGUUGUCCCAUCGAUCUGAGAAGAAAAAUGUCCUCCAUGGAACCACCGUUGAAAGUCUAAUGGGCAAAACCAAAUUGGCAGCCCUGACAAAGCCUUUCUUUGUGCACUUGAGAAAUGGAAAGGUUAAAGCGUUUUAUUCCUACUGGGCGGAGCCAGGCCUCAUCAAAAACCUCAAACGAGGGGUGUCCAGUUUACUGCAACUGCAGCUCAAUACAGGAAAAGUUAUUGAGAAUGAUGUGUCUGGAAGGUGCACGGUUACAUACAAGGUGGAAAACAACCAAGUGACAAGGACAAAGUUGCUGGAGUCAUGUAAAACUGCAGAGACUGGAUUCACCACACACAGCCAGGUUAUGGGCGUGACCCGGAAAUCUAGCUCCGUCACGGUGUUCACUCUUGAGGAUGGUUUUAUCCGCUCAGCCGUGGCUGAAGAAAAUCACUGGAUGAUUGUCAACGUCCACCGAUCUUCGGCUGCCAAAGUUGUGUCCAGGCAAAGCUUCACACUAGUAGGGACAGAAGCUGGACCCCUAGAGACCGCUGGAAAAGAUGCGGCCGCGGUUGUCAAGUCUAUCGAUGCCAAGAUAGCAGCUGUUGGCAUCAAAGCGGAGAAGCUCAAAGCUCAGUGCAAGACUUGUCCAUCACUCUUUGAACAGUGGCAGGUUCUACAAAAGAAACUGGAGCCGGGAACUUUGUCCAAGGCCACGGCCCCUCGCAGCUUCCUGGCGCUUAUUCAGAGCAUCAGGAAGUCAAGCAAAGAUGAUAUCCUCAAAGUGCUAAAGAGUUCCAGCAAGACCACUCUUCCUCAGUUGGUGGAUGCUGUCACUUCCUCCCAAACGACAGCAUCUUUGGAUGCCAUGCUUGAAUUCCUCAACUUCACGGAUGCCAAAGGUAUGGUUCUGCAGGAGAGGUUCCUUUAUGCCUGUGGAUUCGCUUCACAUCCUAAUGAGAGGAUGCUACAGACGCUGCUGGACAUUUCUAAAGGAAAGAUUGGCAGCCCUGAUAUCAAGGAGUCCGUGGUGAUUAUUAUGGGAGCCCUGGUCCACAAACUGUGUCAGAAAGGAGGAUGUAACUUACCGACAGUCGUUGAGGUCAAGAAGAUGAUUCUGGAGGGGCCAGACAGCACUCAAGAAGAGUCCCAGGUCCAGAUGUUCCUUCUGGCUCUAAAAAACUCUCUAGUCCCUGAGGCCAUUCCCAUCUUCACCAAAUACACAGAGUCAGAAGUGGGUGCAUACAGCACCAUCGCACUCACCAGCCUGCAGAGAUAUGACAUCGGCCUCAUAACUGAUGAGGUCAAAAAGACAGUGAACAGAAUUUACCACCAGAAUCGACGGAUUUAUGAGAAAAACGUGCGCGCUGCCGCUGCGGAUGUCAUCCUCAGUAGCAAGCCUUCGUACAUGGAGAUCAAGAAUCUCCUAUUGUCCAUCGGACACCUGCCACACGAGAUGAACAAAUACAUGUUGUCUAAGGUCCAGGACAUCCUCCGCUUCCACAUGCCUGCCAGCAAUGUUUUGAGGGAAGUUAUGCGGGAUAUGAUUUCACACAACUAUGACCGAUUUUCAAAAGUCGGGUCCUCAUCUGCAUUCUCGGGAUUCAUGGCACAAUCUGCUGAUGUCACCUCCACAUACAGUUUGGACAUUUUGUACUCCGGCUCUGGAAUCCUGAGAAGAAGCAACAUGAAUAUUUAUGGUGCUAGUAAAGGAGCAGUGCUACAUGGACUACAGGUUGCGAUUGAGGCGCAGGGUUUGGAGUCCCUUAUCGCCGCCACGCCAGAUGAGGGCGAGGGAGACUUGGAGUCAUUCGCCGGGAUGUCGGCUCUGCUGUUUGAUGUGCAGCUAAGACCUGUCACCUUCUUCAAGGGUUAUAGCGACCUCAUGUCCAAAAUGUUCUCCAUGACUGGGGAACCCAUGAAUGUGGUGAAAGGUCUCAUUCUGCUGACUGAUCAUUCUGAGGUCAUUCAGUUGCAGUCGGGUCUGAAGGCAAGUGCAGAGUUCCAAGGAGGGUUAGCUAUCGACAUCUCUGGUGGCAUGGAGAUCAGUUUGUGGUACAGAGAGUCCAAAACCAGCGUAAAUAACAGGGGAGCAUUAGUGGUCUCUGGUAAUGUUACAGUAGACAUGGACUUCAUGAGCGCCGGUUUGGAGGUCAGCUUUGAAACAGAGGCCUCCCUCGACUUCAUCACAACUGUCCAGUUCUCUGAGUAUCCUUUCCUGGUGUGCAUGCAGAUGGACAAAAGCACCUUUCCUGUCAGCGAGCACGUAAAGAAAUACGAGAGCCUGUCAUCAGGGAAAAGCGUAGUGUCACAAAAGAGCAAGAAGCUGCUUAUCCCCGGCUCCGAAUUCCCGCUCCACCAGGAAAACUCAAACAUGUGCAAGAAGGUUUUUCACUCCAGCUAGUAGAGGAGAAAGCAGUAACUCCCAGGAGAAAACUUGCAUGUUUGGGGCAUUUUAUAUUUCUCCUCUGUGAGGCUUGGGUGCAUUUCAUCAAAUAUAUGUCGCAUCACACCUCAGCAUCAUGCCGCGAAACACCUAAAGAGACAAACGUGGUGAAUGUGUUUUUUGCGUACGCAAUGUUUACAUUCCUGUGAGUGAGUAUUUAAAUAAUCUGAUGUUUUGUUUGCAACUGGAAGUUCUUUUGUUGUCAUGUUAUGGGCUUUAUUUGAAAAUAUAUUUAUGUUGGGCACGUAACAAUACAGUUUAAAAAGGGGUUGCAAAUGUAAUUUUUAGAUCAAUUGCCUCAAAAAUCUUAUUUUAGUAAAUGUCUUUACCAAUAAGGGGCAACUUGUAUCACCCUUUCACAUUUAAAUAUCACAUUAUUCACCAUUAAGGUGUUUUACACGGUACGUGCAAGAUCUGGGGUUAAAAAAAGUCUUUUAAAUGUCUUUGUAUAAUUGUUUUGUAAUUUUUUCUUUCAAGCUAAAACGACCUUCUUUGGAGAUCACUUUCGGAUCGGAUGGGUAAAAGCAUACACUGGCAACUCCAUUUCUGUUGACAUACUGCAUAUUUAGAUUUGGAAAAAAUUAAUAAAAAUAAAAACACUCUACAUGUUCUUA